AUGGAGAGGCAAGGAAAUGAGGAGCAGCAGCAACCGGAUGUGGGUGAUUUUGGCGGUGCUGGCUUACGGAAGAAGACACCUCGGAGUAGUCAGAUUAGUGAAGGAAAGCAGCAGAGAGAUGUGGGUGAUUCUGCUGAAGCAGGCGACAUCGAGGCUGGCUUACGGGCAACGGCACCUCAGGGGAGUAGGACUGACGAAGGAGAGCCGCGUAAAAGUGAAGGCGAUUUGGCAAAUGCGGAUGACACCGAAGCUGACAUACAAGAAAAGCCACCUCUCAAUAGUCGGAUUGACGAAGAGGAACAUCCCCAAGAUGAUGGCGAUUUUGCUAGAGCAGGCGAAUUUGACAAAUUCGACUUCAAGCAGUAUGCCAGGAAGGAUAGGGUCACGAAGAUCAUCAUGACGUCCGACAUCGGGUACUUUACGUCCUUGCCGGGCGUUUGCGAAAUGCUCAUCUUCCUCUUCGACUUGAUUGGCAUGAUCCUGGCUGUGGCACCGUACCAGGGCGGUCCGUACUUUGCCUUCAUCGUGUUUGCGUCGCUCUUUGGCUGGGUGUCGGCUGGAGUCAUUUUCUUCACUAAACUCUGCUACGCCUCGCAUCACAUGAAUAUUAACUACAGGAUCUAUGUUUGCGUCCAUCUGUCCAUCGUGGCGGCCAUUGGCUUCAUCGCAACUGUGCUGGCAUCGAACCAAUCACUGUAUGGAAUGCGGAAACUAGAUAUCUCAAUGGCGGUGUUUAUCGGAGUUAGCACUGCAUUAUACAUCUUGGAUCUGGCUUACAACGUGACGGCCUAUUUCUUCUAA